AUGUACUUAUAUUGUAAAUCAAAUCUUUACAUAGCUAUUGUUUCGGGUCACCAAAUCGUUACGCCAAAUUCUAAUGACCGGAAGGAAACGCCCGAGUGUCGUCAUUGUAAGGACCACCUAGAGGAUACGGUGGAGCAUAGGGCUGAUGUUCAGCCGGGGUUGCGGGAAUUCGCAACCGACACAGAAUCUCAUCAGAUUCUGAACUUGAAGUCUCCAACGGAGGAGAGGACCGGUACUGAUGGCGGGGAGACUCCAGCUGCUAACGGGUCCAUCUUCACCAUGACCUUGAAGAAUAACCAUCUGAUCGUGGAAACUGAAGAGAGAAAUGAUAUCACCAAAAAUGGUCGCGAAACUAAGAUGAAGUAUUCUCCAGAUAAUGACGGCAUCUUCGUCGUCGAGGUGCAACAGUCUGCAGCCUAUAGACCUAACAAGACUAUUCCAAACUCCCCACCCCAGGACCCUCAAAUCUCAACCAAUCAGGCUCUUAUACAUCGAGUCCCUGAAGAGCUGGAGAAGAAGAUAGAAGAAGACAGCGAAAAGAGUAGCACAAGGUAUGAAAAAGACAAAGCACUAGCAUUGUCUAGUACUGGUCUCUCCAUCUCGGACCUCAGCAUGUCAUCAAUCGGCUCUCACAACGUAAGCUAUUCAUAUAGCAGUCAGUUGGGGUAUGAGCAGGGACCUUUCGGGUACCCAGUAUAUGCUGGCUAUGAUAUAUCCAAAGACGAUGUACCAGAAGGAAUAGUGACAGACAACUCUCAAGAACCCUUGAUUACCAAAACCCCUACGGACCCUGAUAAGCCAGUGGUAACUGCGGCAAUAUUUAAACAAGAUUCGAUCAUAGGUAGCGACGCAUUACAAGGCCCAGGGUAUUGCAUCGAAGGUUCAACUGACGGACCUCUGUUAUCAGAUGUUCAAGCUAGAGAAUAUAGCUUACAACAUCUUCAUGACCAGAAGAAAUUGGAAAACGGUGUAGCAGUUCCUGUGGCAGAGAAAAUUGAGGGCUCCAAGUCUUUGAAUCGUGCUGAUAGUCUUCCUGUGCGGUUAGAAGAAGGAGAACCAGAGAAGGUACCUAUGGAAACUAUCAAAGAAGAUGAUGCUACUGGAAAAGAUGUAUUGAAGGGUAAGAGAGGAUCAUUGCCAAUUAUAAGGACUGAUAUGUUUGAAUCUGUCCGAGACGUGAUUCUGCCUUCGGAAUCUCCGAAAUUUGAAAAAUUGAUGAACGAAACCUCGCCUGGGGAUGGAGCGUACGACUCACCCCCCAUGAUCACGAUCACAGAGGAGAGUGAAUCCAGCAAGUCUGAUGGCACGAGUUAA